AAGUGCUUUCAGUCCGGAUUGCGCUUCGAGUCGCUUCACUGCCGUUAGGUUAGGUGUCAUUGGGUGACAGUGUCCCGAAUUUAGGUUAGAAGUGCAUUCGAGUCGUUUCAGCACCAAUUCCACUCCGACUCGCUCCACCCCCAUCGGGGAACAACCAAACCGGACCAGAACAAGGGCGAAAAGUCGGUGAACCCCCGAUGCCGAUGGGCUGCGACGGCGCCACUGGUCAAUGACAGCCGGGUGGCAUACGAGGGCGAUUUGGUUGGUGCGGCUGUCGAUGGGGCGCACGUCAAGUGAGCGCCGCGACUAGUUUGCGGCGAAGCAGAGCCGGCGCGGCGUUGCCACGAUGCUACGCACCAGACGACGCGACAACAAUGUGAAACCAAACCGCAGGCUGGACCGGAAGUCGUCCAGAGGAAUGCUGUACGAGAAUGAGGAGCUGCGCCUCAAAACCAUCAACAUCAAUGCGGAAAUCGAGCGAGGACAGUCGGACAUCAAGAAGUUGAAGCGCGAGAACGAGAUGCUGAAGAAGGAAAUCUGGUGCUUGCGCGAUGAGUACGACAAGCUGGACAAGCUGCUGAAGGACAAGAAAAUCGACUUUUCCUCGUCGUCCACGACCUUCAGCAGCAGCUCGAGCGAAACGGAAAGCUGCUCGAGCUGCACGGAGGAAUCCGAGGAGGUGGAAACGUCGCAAAACCUGCAAAACGUGCAGAAAACCAACCACCUGACCGCCAUCCAGGACCAGUUCGACCAUCUGUCGAUUGUCACCGAGGAAACGUCGUGCGACAACUCGGAGCGCAACUCCACAAACACGCGACAGUCGCUGCCAAACGACGCGAGCGACUCCAUGCUGUGGAACUACAAUGACAGGAACGCGAUCAAGCCCGAUCAGAGCUACCCGGCGUAUGGCAGCGCCAUCCAACCGAGCCGGUCGCAAACGCUGCCCAACCAGGUGCACUUCAACUGUUUCGCCCCCAUUCAGCACUCGAAAAGCUUCGACGACAACCACUUCAGCCAGGUGCACCAGCAGCCCCUCUACCCGGAGGAGCUGUACACGCCGCCGCUGUCCGGCCACGAGGGGGCGGCGCCGUCGCCCCCCAUCGCCAUCUCGCCGAGCCCGCAGGGCGAGAACUUCUUCAGCAAGAAACUGGUGCAAACCGACGCAACCAACUUCUACCAGAACGUGGUGUUGGGGUCGAAGAGCGCGCGCCCCCCGCCAGAGGCGCACGCGCUCGACAAGCGAGCCACCGACCUGAUCGUCAAAAUCGACAACCAAAACUUCAGCAAACCGCUGACGUACAGCAACACCACGCCCAGCACCACCUUCUCCAACGGCGGCAACCUGGAGGAGCUGCUGCACGACAUCGAGUCGAUUUCGCAGGAUAUACUGAAGCUAAGCGAUUUGCAGAGGGGGGCCAAUCAGCUGCCCGCGCUGCCCGAGGAACGCCCGGGGGCGGAGCCCCAGCGCGCGCUCACCGACAGCGAGGAGCGCCUGCACAAGAGCGAACUGAACGUGGUGCUGAUGCCCAAGGCGAUGCCCCUCAUCGGCUUCGACAAGUACCGCAACAUUCAGCGGAGCUUCGAGAGCCUGAACGCGCAGCCGCUGUCCGUCGCCAGACCCCCAGAAGACGCCCAGCAUCGACUCGAAGAAAUCCACGACGGAAGCCUCGAAUUGCGACCCGAAGACGCCCAACUCCUCGGAGAGCGACAAGAAGAAGGAGAAAAAGGGGCGCAAAAGCGUGUCGGUCAGUCCGGACCGGAACCGCCACGUCCACAUGCAGCACGACGGCCUGGCGGCGAAAAAGCACAAAAAGCACCGCAGGGAGCGGUCGGGCGGCCGCACCCGGCGCGGUUCCACCGAUCCCCGCAUGCGCGAGCGCUCCUUCUCCGUCUGCACGGACCGAUCGCUGGGCGCAGGGGGCGCUGCCGGCAGUUUCCUCUAUGAGGAGUACAGCGACCGCGAGCGCACCAACAGUGGCUCCUCCUGUGAGUCGCCCGACAACCAUCGCAAGUUCUCCGGCAUCUCCAAUGCGCCGCUCAACGGCAAACUGCCCUGGUGCGGCUGCUGGGGCAACGGAUGCCUUUGACUCGACCACCCUGUAUAUAUUCCUACUAUCAGCACGCAAAUAAAACCCGUUUUUUUCGUA